AUGGUUCGUGUUCCGACUUCAAAGGCUUGCAACACCUGCAGAGAGAGAAAGAAAGGGUGUGAUAGAAGAACUCCAGCAUGUGGGCAAUGUAUCCUGGCUGGAUUUGAAUGUGGAGGAUACACUCGCGAUCACCUGUUCGUCCAUGCCAAAGUGACGAAUGGCCGAAAUAAGGCAAUAUACACCAAGAAAGCUCCACAGGGAGACAUUACUCUCCAUCCAUCACUUGAAUCGAAGGCCAGGGAUGAAAAGUACCUCGGCCUCUACUGGUCUGCUCUUCUACCCGGUUCCCGGACGCUUUCACCAGACGCUCUAGAAUUUUCGACAGGGGGGUGGACAACUGUAGCCGGCCAACUGUGUGGAUCGGAAAAUACACUACGGCAGGCAAUCCUGGCCACAAGCUUGUCGAUGCUAGGCGACCGGGAUAACAACGCCACUCUCAAGCUGAAUGGUCUUCAGACAUACACGAGGGCUGUCCAAUCUAUGGUGACCGCUAUCCGAAAUUCCCGCCAAGGAAAUACGGAUGGGCUGCUUGCAGCGGUCCGCUUUAUGAUUUACUUUGAGAUUUUUUUCAGCUCAGAAGGGAGUAAAUAUCGCCAAAUGGGAAGCUUAGGGAAAGUUAAAGGCUGGGAGGGUCAUAAAAAUGGCGAGAUCGCGCUCUACACGUCGAGAGGUGCAGAUUCCUUGAGAACAGGUUUUGGACAUCAAUUAUUUGUUGAUGGCAGAUUGCAUACUUUGUACGAGUCCAUAACACAACGAAAGGCGUCUCCAUUUAGCACAUUCGAAUGGAAAUCAGUUCCUUGGGAGGUUGAACCCAAAACGGUCAAAGAUCUCAUGGUGGACUUCAUGACUGAUAUCCCUGGCUUGCUUGAGGAUCUCGACUAUCUGAGAUCAAACUAUAGCGAGGCCCUAAGGCAAGAGCUUCUUGAUAAAUGCACCCGAAUUGAAGCCGAGAUUGCGGAAUGGGAAGAUAUAAUCGGGCCGCCACUGCAAAUGUAUGAUUACGAUUUCGCAGAUGGACCGGUAUCGCUACCAACAACCGACAAAGGCUUCGCAAUCCUGCAUCUCUCCCAGUUCUAUUGGUCUGCAUGCUUGCUGCUAUAUUCUACAAUAUGGUUUACUCAAACCAUCAUUCCUCUUUCCCAAUCUCAGCGAAGCGAAUACGAUGCACAGAGUCAUCCUGCCAUAACUUCAUCAUGUGCCAACGGCAUCUCGCUUGUAGGGGCUCAAUCUCUCAGGACCCGACAUUCCCGUCAGACAGCGCCGACGGCCUACGCAUUUAAACUUGCGCAUUCGUUCUACUUAGCGUAUCUCCCUGGGGCUGGAGCUUUGGGAAGUCAUUGUUCCACUUUCCCUCUCAUGCUCACACUGUCUUAUCUCACUAUGGCUGAGGGCUUGGGGCUUCAGUGCUCAGAGAAACAAAUGAUAGAGAGCAUCUUUGACAUUCCGUUCUUGGGGAGCCAUGUUGGUCAAUUCUCCAGGAAGAUGUGGAAUGCUAUGCCAAGAGAUGAUGCGGGGCUUUAUGAUAGUCAUUCUUACUGGUGGCGACAUGGCUUCCAGGUGACGAAGGAAUGA